UCGGCUUCCAAAUCAGAUGUUCUAAUGCUGCAAUCUUUCCCCACGUAGUGAAUGCAUAUUAUUCCUCUUCUCUGCUGAUCACUUCCUUCUCCCUUGCAUCUCAAUUACAGCCUUGUCAGCGAUUUUCUCCGAAUGGUGGCGCCUCUACCGGGAAAGGGCAAAGGCAAGAACUCAAGCAAGAGGCCCGAUCGAUGGUCCAAAGCCAUUAAUCGUUGAACCACAAGCGGCAGCAAAAGACACUACAAGUACGCCAAAAUGGAUAGAGAUUUCAUGGAACAGUUAUGGAGCCAGCGCCAUUACGGGACGCCUCUCGCAGUCAUCUUCAUGGUGAUGCCCACGAUCGCCGUUGCCCUGCGUCUGUACGCGAAGAUCACGGCUCGUCAACAGCUUGAACUAAGCGACUUUUUCUCCAUUGCUGCAUGGGCUAAUACAGCAGGCUUGUUCAUAUCUCUGCUAGUGGCUGUCUAUUUACCGGCCUCAUAUCUGGACAAUCCUGAUGGCAUCGAUGUGCCUGUAUCCAAGAUUACAUUCUCUCUCAACCUCUUGUGGGCUGGUGCUUGCUAUUCUUGCAAGCUAUCGAUUCUUUGCCUCUACUAUCGCCUCUUGAGCACACCGGCCAGCACUUUUCGUCUAGUAGUCCAGGGCAUGUUCAUUCUAACGGCCUGUGUCGGUAUUGCGAGUUGUUUGGGCUUUCUCUUGAUUUUCCGGGAUAUGUCAUGGUGGUGGACGACAGGAUUGAGAUCUCACCCUGUCCAACUGGCGCAAAUGAUAAAAAUGAACGAAGCCAUCGAUAUUCUGUCGCUUCUCACAGAUGUCAUCUUGUUCGCGAUGCCUUUGCCUGUAAUCAGGAAAUUGAGCCUCGAUAAGCAGAAAAAGCGUUUGCUUAUUGGUCUCUUCUCACUUGGCUUUUUGACCUGUAUCGAGGUUGUCAUCCGAAUUAUAACCACAUAUGGCUUUGACGGUGCUUUGGAUGCCAUCCAAGUCCAGUGUCUGUUGAUGGGUAUUGAGCCAGCGAUGGGCAUUACACUGUGCUCACUCCCUGUUUUCUUGCGAUUGUUCCGAAAGGGUCACAACCCUUCAAGUGGUCGCAGCUACGCGUCCGGAGAUCGUGGCAACUUCUAUUCUCUGGGUCCUAUGAGUGGUAAACAUUCAGCAACCAGAGAUCCCGAUGGAGCCUUGUUGGACUCAACUGUCGGAAAACCGCAGCCAGUGCUUGUACAGACAGAAAUUACUGUCCACUCUUCUCGUAGCGGGUAUAAUGACUCUCUCGAAUCUCAGGAGGGCUACUGGAAAUGAUGAAUUAUAAGGGGGACUUUCUAUUUAAUGUUAUACCGAAUUAAUGCAAGACUUAUCGAGCAAUCGU